AUGUCAGAGAUUCCUAUUCAUUUUCGACACUGCAUUUGGUAUGCGUUCCAAUUAGGGAACAAUGCAAGUGCCGCUGCUCGCAAUAUAUGUGCUGCACUUGGUAAAGGUGCUGUUGCUGAUCGAACGUGUCGAGAUUGGUUUAAAAGAUUUCGUGAAGGUGACAUGUCAUUAGAAGAUCGUCCGAGAUCUGGACGUCCUCUCGAGUCUGAUAUUGAACGAUUAAAAGUCCUGAUCGAAGACAAUCCACAAUUAACCACCCAUGAAUUGUCAGCAAUGCUCGGGUGCGACCAAUCCACUAUUGAUCGCCAUUUGCAUAAAAUGGGAACAGUUAAUAAGCUUGGAACAUGGGUUUCACAUCAAUUAACCUCGGACAACGUACAGCAAAGAAUCAUCAUAUGCAAUUCUUUGUUGUCAAAACGCAACCGACAUAGAUUUCUUCAGCAGAUAGUUACUGGUGAUGAAAAGUGGAUUCUAUACGUCAAUCAUACGCGCAAGCGCCAGUGGGCAAAUCCUGAAGAUUUGCUCGAACCAGAACCAAAAAACGACCUGCACCCGAAAAAGGUGAUGCUCUCAAUUUGGUGGGAUUUUCAAGGUAUUAUUUACUGGAAACUCCUUCCGCCUAACACUACCGACGACUCGAAGCUGUACUGCAAACAACUCCAAAAUCUGAAGGUUGCAUUGCAAGCAAAUCGUCCUGAAAAACGAAAAGUUCGACUACUUCAUGACAAUGCAAAACCUCAUAUGGCUAAGGUCACUCGCCAAAAGCUGGAAGAAUUAGGCUGGAAGGUCCUGCCUCAUCCACCAUAUUCACCAGACUUGGCACCAUCUGACUAUCAUUUGUUUCGAUCGCUCCGCAAUCAUCUGGUCAAAAAACACUUCGAUGAUCAAGCCCACCUAAAAUCGGACCUCAAAACUUAUUUUUUGUCUUUGUCUGUGAAGUUCUUUGAAGACGGUAUUCUGGAUUUGCCUAAAAUAUGGGAGUAUGUAAUAGAUAACAACGGUGUAUAUGUUGUUGAUCGAUGACAUUUUGUUUCAAUAAAAUCUCGAAACCGAGAAGAAGAAAAAAAUCGGCGGAGACUUUUGCAUCAACCCGAUACAAUGUAAUUUUAAUUCAAAAUGAAAUGACACCGGUACAGAUACGCCUAAAAGUGAAAAUAAU